AUGUCUAUUGAUAAAGACUCUUCAAUUUUGAUUGUAGGUGCUGCUGCAUUUGGUAACAGUACUGCUUUACACCUCGCAAGAAGAGGGUUCACUAACAUUACUGUUUUUGACAGGCAGCCUUACGAUGUCAAUCACUUCGAUUCGGUUCAUGGUUCAGCUGAUGCUGCUUCUACUGACUUGAACAAGAUUGUGAGAUUCACCCAUUAUGAUGAUUUACACCGAAGCUUCGCUCUAAAGACAAUCAAAGAGUGGGAAAAUUGGAAUGAACUAUACUCUAAUUCUGAUUUACCUGAAGGUUUAGAUGGGAAAGGGAAACUAUAUAAUAAAGUUGGAUAUCUCAGAUACCACACUACUCCUUGGGAAGAACAGCCAGCAGAAGUUGAAAACUUUGAAAAUUUUGAAAAAUUAGGUUUGAGCUGGACUCAAUUCGAUAUUAAUAAUGAACAUGACAAGUUCAGGGCUGAAAUAAGUGGGUUUGGUAAGAAGUUUGAUGCUUUGAAACUCGCCGGAAAGAAGGAGAACGGCAAACCUAUAAUUGGAAAUUUAGAUAUCACUACUGGAUUUGCAUAUGCUUCUAAAGCAACAUACUUUGCUUAUCACCUUGCUAAAACGGCUGGCGUCAAAUAUAUUUUGGGGAAAAAGGGAGAAUUUGAAAAAUUUAUUAAAGACGGGGAAGAUGUCAAAGGUAUCGUUACUGCUGAUGGUGAAGAACAUAAAGCAGAUAUAGUGAUUGUUGCUGCCGGUGCAUGGACUUCAAGUUUAGUACCAGAAUUAAGUCCCAUUCAGCAAGCGGAUUCGGGAAAUAUCUUACUAAUUAAAAUCCCCCCUGAAAGAAAAGAUUUGCUCAAGAAAUAUAGCAUUGAAAACUUCCCCGUUGUUGCUUGGAAACAAUAUGACCAUAGAUUCGAAGGUGGUGGUGUUUUCUUUUUCCCAAUCACUGAUAAUGGCUAUUUAAAAUUCGGUGCUAGACAUACAAGAUGGAUUAAUAAUGUGAAUGGAGUCUCUGUUCCACUUACUGAAUCCUCAAAUGUUUUGGAUGUUCCUAAAGACGCUUUCAAAACUGUAACUGAUUUCAUUAGUACUUAUUUACCAGAUAUUGCAGAGGCAAAAUUACCUUUUGAAAAAUUAAGACUUUGUUGGUAUGGGGAAUCAAUCAAUGAGGAUUUUAUCAUUGACCGUGUACCGGGUAAUAAUAAUCUUUUAGUAGUAGCAGGUGAUAGUGGUCAUGGGUUUAAAUUCAUUCCGACCAUCGGUGAAGUUACCGCUGACCUUCUAGAAGGAAGAGAAACCGAAUUGACCAAGCGAUUCAAGUGGAGGUCUGCCAAAGACUUCCCUGAAGAAGAUGAGUUAUUUAAAAAGGACUUUGAAAAUUUGGAUUUAACCAAAAACGAUAUUUUGGGUGCUGAUCCUAAUUACUUUACUAAAUAG